GUAAUUCUGCAAAGAUUAAAGUCUGCAGUGCUGAUAAUGGAUUACUGCACAGUGAUGAAGAAAAGUCUGUUUAUUCUCACACUUUAUAUUCAUCUGACAUCAGCAGUCUCCCACUCUCUGCAGUACUUCUACACUGCAGUCACACCAGGAAUAAACUUCCCAGAGUUCACUGCUGUAGGUCUGCUGGAUGGAGAGCAGAUUGUGUACUAUGAUAGUAACAUCAGGAAGAUGAUUCCAAAGACAGACUGGAUGCAGGACAAUGAGGGUGAGGAUUACUGGAACACAGAGACACUGGCCCUGCAGGUGAAUCGGAAGAACUUCAAAGUCAGUUUGGAUAUUCUAAUGCAGCGCUUCAAUCAGACUGAAGGAGUUCACACAGUGCAGGUGAUGUACGGCUGUGAGCUGGAUGAUGAUGGAACCAAGAGAGGAUACAUACAACACGGUUAUGAUGGAGAAGACUUCCUCAGUCUGGAUCUGAACACUGAAACCUGGACUGCAGUCAAUGCUAAAGCUGUUAUUACCAAACUGAAGUGGGAAAGGAGGGGUGGAGCCAAAUUCCACAAGUCCUACCUGGAGAUCACCUGUACUGAGUGGUUACAGAAGUUUGUGGGUUACAGCAGAUCCAGUCUGGAGAGGAAAGUUCCUCCUGAGGUGUCUCUGUUCCAGAGGAACUCUUCUUCUCCAGUGGUGUGUCAUGCUACAGGUUUCUUCCCCAGUGCAGUGAACAUAACCUGGAAGAAGAAUGGAGAGGAUCUGCAUGAGGACGUGGAACUCAGAGAGACGCUACCCAACCAGGAUGGAACCUUCCAGAAGAGGAGCGUUCUGACUGUCUCACCUGAGGAGCUGAACAAACACAACUACACCUGCAUCAUUCAGCACAGCAGCCUGGAGAAGAAGACGGUGCUACAGGCGUAUGAUCACAGAGUCAUGUCAGAUGGAGGAUCAGUUGGUGUCAUCACUGGUGCAGUUGUGGUUGUUCUCCUCCUCAUCCUCAGUGGCUGUGUUGGACUUAUCAUCUCUGUCAACAGGUGAUUGAUAUGAAGUGACGAGAGAAAAGGAGAUCCCUUUGUAUGGAUCCUUGGAUCACACUCUGGAAUUGAGCACACUGGAUCUGGACACAUCACUGCCCUGUCUAAAAGUUACUUUUAU